CCAAUUUCCUCUCCUAGAUCAGGGAUCCCCCACCGCCACCUCCAAACUCUUGCCCAAAAAGAUUAUCAGUAUGUGCGUCUACGGUCGAGUCGUUUUUACAUGCGCCCACGAGCGCUGGGGCAUCUGCGUGAAGCGAUGCCAAACAGCCAAAGACUUCCGCGACGGAAAGUUAAAUCAUGACUGUGUCAUAAAGAAGCCUCAUGUACCGACUUCGUGGAGGAUACAGACGGAUUGCAAUAAAUGUAUCACGAUGGAUGGCAAACUCGACAGGGCAAAGAAGAGCAUUGACGACGUUAAGCGAAAGCUGAAGAGAAUAGAAGAGAGGAAGAUCAGGGAAAGAAAUACGGAAGAAAAGAAGAUCGACAACAGGAAGAAAGUGGAGAGGAAGGAUGAAAAUAGGGAUAGUAAUGAAGCGAACUCUUGGAGUUUUGGGACGGGACUUGGGAGUAUUACCGAGGAGAGUGAAGCUGAGGAGGAUGAGUCUGCAAGUGAUGGAAGUAGCCAAGGCAGUUCACAAGUCUUCAACACUGAAGGAAGUAUAUAA